AUGCUAUAUCUUCACUCCAACAACAUCCUCUUCCAGAUCCCUGGCUUGGACCAAUUGAGCGAAGAUGAGCUCUACUUACAUGUCGGCGACCCCAUCACAAAUCUCCUUCGGCGCUAUGAUAAUCUUCCCCUUGGAUCCGAGGCUCCCGAGUACUACGUCACUCAGUGUUCCAUGCUUUUCCUGUGCUGCGAUGAGGUGGAGAAAAUUCAAGACCCCAAGAUCAUCAUUACCGACUUCGGUGAAGCCUUCUUCGCGGCCAAUCACGACCGCGAGCAGCUCAUGACGCCUACGUGCCUUCUCCCACCUGAGUACUUCUUCCACGAGCCUCUCGGACCGAAGUCUGAUACCUGGACGCUAGCAUGCACGUUGUUCGAAAUCCUGGGCAAGGAAAAGCUCUUUGACUCGUAG